AUGGAAAAUGCAUGCACAGGAGAGGAGGGAAAUUAUUUUAUAAGUAUAGACACAAUUGUUAGUAAAUAUGAAUCAUUUUUAAAUAAUGGAUUAGGAUAUGAUGAAUUAAAUACACUUAUAGAGAACUUUAUUUACCAAUAUAAUUCUCUUGAUGAAUGUGAAAUAAAAUUAAUUGAAAUAAUCAAACAGUGUGAUAAUUAUAAAUGUAAAAUAUUUAAAAAUAAAUACUUAUUUAUAACAAACAUUAUAAAACAAAUAUGCCAUACUGAGUUAAUACCAAUAAUUUAUAAUGAAAUAUUACAAGAAAAAAAUGAAGAAAAUGAAUCUUUUUAUUUAAGUAGAGAUGAGUUUAAAUUGCUAGAAAGCAAAAAAGAGUCAGAUGAUAAUUUUAAAAAAAUAUGUGAAAGAGUAUAUAAAAAAUAUAUAUUAGUAUUUAUAAAAAUUUUAUAUUAUUCUUCAAAUAUUUCUUCCAAUUUACAUAAUAAUUUAAUAAAUUCUUUGUCAUAUAUUUGCAUAUUAAUAUCAAAAUACUAUUAUUUUAAUACCCCAAAUGAAAAGUUUUCAGAGCUUAUUUAUAGAAUAUUUUGGAAUUAUUUUUCCAAAAAUUUUGAUAUUAUUAAUGAAAAUUCAAUUUUUUUAAAUAACGAAAAAACCGAUAUAUCUUCAUCUUCUUCGUCUGGUUAUUCUGAACUUUACACUGAAAAUCGAUAUAUGGAAUUUGAAAAUAAUAAUAGCAAAAUUGCUGAUAAUGAAAAGUCUGAGUUUGAUGAAAAUAAAAAAAAUGAAAUUGCACAUGAUUUAAUUGUUUCUGCAGAAAAAGAACAUCCAGAAGAAAAAAAAAAAAAAAAAAAAAAUGAAAAAAAAAAUGAAAAAAAAAAUGAAAAUGUUACUAAUGAAGUGAAUCAAAAUAUGGAAGAAUCUGUUGAUAUCAACAAAAUACAAAAUGAUGAAAUAGAUAAAAAAAAAAAACGAAAAAAAAAAAGAAAAGACAAGGAAAACAUAGAAACUAAUUCUAAUAAUAUGAAUUUAAAUUUAAACAAUGAAAAUGAUGAGGGCAAUAAAAUAAACAAUAGUAGCAAUAUAGAUGAUAAAGAUCCACAAAAAUAUAAAAUAGAAAUAACAAAUAAAAAGGACCCAAUAGAAACACCAAUUAGUGAUAAAGUUAGCCCAAUUUGUUCUGAAACAGCAUCAAUCAUUCAAGGAGGAAAUAAUUUAUUACCUAUAAAAAAAAAACAAAGGAAUAUAAAUAAAGUUAAAAAUAAUGAGGAUAAUAGCGAUAUAAAUAGCUCUAAAUUUUGUGAUGCAUUAUUAAAGUUUGAUAAAAAAAAUGCUAAUAAUGUAACAACGAUAUUCAAUUUAAACAACGGAAUAGUACCAGUAGAAGAAUUGAAGGAAACUGAUAAAAUAGUUAAUAUGAAUAAAAAUAAAGAUAUUCAUAAAAAAUCCAAUAAUAAUAAUGAAAAUAUCAUGUUUGUUAAUAUAAUUUUAAAUGUUUAUAUUAAUUUAUUUAAUACACAAAAAAAAAAAAAGUUUAUUUUUUACGAUGAUAAUAAAAUUCAAUAUAAAGAAUUUCUUUUACAUAAUAUUGAGAUAAUAAUUAAUCAAAUGAAAAAUAUGAUAAUUAAAAUAAGAAAUCAUUUAGACGGAUCUAUUAUUUAUUUUUUAAGAUUAAUAUUUUUGAUUAUCUUAUUUUUAAAUAAGCAAGCUAAAAAAUAUUCAAAAAAUGACAUAGAAGAUAAGAAUAAUAAAAACAGUUCUUGCAAUUAUAAUUAUGAUAUAGAUAGAAAAAAUCAAACACAUAAUAUGGUAGAUAAAAAAAAACAGGAAACUAAUAAUAAUAGUUCCUCUAUUUCUAGUUUAGAUAAUACUAAUACAAAUUUAUCUAACUCUAUUCCUGAUUCACAUUAUUUAGCAUUUAGUAAAAAAAGAGAAAUACCCGAAGAAAAUAUAGAGCAACGGGAAUAUUUUAGUGGUAAUUUUAAAGGCCUGAAUAGUGCUAGUAGUGAUAUAAUUUUAAACUCUGACGAUAAUAAUAUGUUUAUAAAGGGUUUUAAUUAUACUUAUAAUACAGGUGAUAUUAAAAAAGACUUUAAUAAAAAACAUAAUAAUGUUAGUCCAAUUUUUGGAAAAAAUAAUUUUAUAUUAAAUGAUGAAAAUAACUCAAUACUUGAAAAUCAAAGUGCAUCCAAAAAUAACAGUCUUAACAUAAAUAAUAAUAAUAAUCAUUCUAGAACAUCAAACGAUUAUAAUUAUUUAAAUUUUAAUGAUCGAAAUGGUGAUUAUUCUGAUUUUGGAAACGACAACAAAUCAUCUAACUAUAAUGGAAUGCCAAGUGAAAAUGCUUUAUAUAAUAACAGUCGUGAUAAUUUAUAUUUAAAUUCUAAGAGCCUUUAUGAUGAUUCUGGCUAUAAUAUGAAUGAAUAUAAUAAUGUGGAAAAAAAUUCGCCAGGAUUCAAUAAAAAUAUAUAUGGACGUCAAAAUGUUGAUAUCCUAAAUAUUAACAAAGAUGGAAAUACAAAUAAUUAUAAUAAUAAUUCUAGAAGUUUUAGUAAUGGUAUAUUUGGAAGAGAUAGAAAUAUGAGUAAUACCAAUCGAAGAAAUGAACAAUCACGACGAUCUACAUCAAACUUGAAUAGUUCAAGAACAGGGUCUUAUUUUUUAAAUAAUCUAAAAAAUGUAUUACAAGGACAAAAUAAUAGUAAUUGUAGUCCAAUUAUUAAUCAAAAUGUAGAUGUAACAAAUUCCAAUUUUAUAAAUUCACAUAAGGAAGAUUGUGAUGUGAUGCGGAAUGGUGAUGAUAAUAAUAUUUUGAAUUUUAAUUACAUGCAAAAUAAUCUGAAAAAAAAAUCUAAAUAUGAAACUAUACUUGAUUUAUUAAAUGAUAUAUAUGGUACAACAAAUCAUAUUAAUAAUAACAUCAAUCAUGGAUAUAGAAAUGCAUAUAAUACUUUUAGUUCAAAUUAUUAUGAAAAUAUUCAUAACAUAGUUAGUAAUAGUUAUGAUAAUAAUGUUCUUGAAAUUUUAGAUACACUUUUGAAAUGUGUAGAAAAUAAUUUCAACCAAGUAAAUAUUUUGAUAGUAAAUAAAAUAUUUUUGUGUAUGUUAAAAAGUUUAGAGUUUUGCAACGAAUCAAAUAAAUAUAAAAUAUACACAUUUAUAAUAAGUAAAAUUGAUAAAUUUAUUAAAAUACGAAGAUAUGGAGAUAAUAAUUCUACUUUAAAUAGUUAUAAUUGUUAUUUUUUGUUAAAUUUUAUAUUAAAUUUGUUUAAAAAUGAAAACAAAAAAAAAAACAUUUGGUAUAUACUAUUCGAGAUUCAUGUUAAUAAAAUUAGGAAAAAAAAUUAUUUUAAAAUGAAUACAGCCCAAUUUGAUGAAAAUAUAAAUGCAAUAGAUGUUGGAUAUAACAACAUGGGAACUAAUAUUGUUGGAAAUGAAAAUACCCGACGAAGCAACAGCACUAUGCUAAGUAUGAUAUCGCCACCAAUAAUAAAAGGGAAACAAAUGAAUUUAAACAUGUCAAAAAAUGAAAUGAAUAUUUAUCAAAAUGAAAUGGGGAAUUCUUUACAAAGAUGUUUUUAUAACAAUACUUCACGAAAUGAUAGUAGCAAUUUGGAUUAUCUAGAAAAUGAAAAAGAUUUUAUAGAAAUGAGUGAUGGGAAAAAUUUUCUUUUAAAUAAUAUUAUAAAUUUUUUAUUGGAAUGCUGUAUUAGUAAAGGCCCAGUAAUAAGAUAUACAAGUUUGAAAAUAUUUUAUUUGAAGACAAUAUUAUUAAUAGAAUUUUUAAAAAAUAAAAAAUUAAAUUAUGAAGAAAAAUUGUUGAAAAUAUAUAUAUCUAAAAACAUUUAUCAAAACUUUUUUUUAUGUAUAUUUAACACCUUAAAAGAGCAAGAUACAAAUAUAUUUAUUUAUAUAAAAUUUCGAAAUUUAUGUUUAAAUUUGUUAUACAUUUGUUCAAAAUUAUUAUCAAAAAGAUUUUUAAAAGAAUUCUAUGAUAAAAUAAUUUGUCCUAGCUUGUUUUGUAUUGAACCAUUUUAUAAAAAUAAAGAAUCGGAAUUAAAUUCUAAACUAUAUUUAGAUGAGGAAAGGCUAAAACAUAUAUAUUCUAUUUUCAUAAAAAAUUCAAAGGAUUACUAUUUAUUUUCAUAUAUUAUGUUAUUUAGAAAUAUAAAAAAUAUUAGUCUAAAUUUCAAAAUUUGUAAAAAUAUUAUUAAUGUAUCGUUAGAAGAGCUUCAAGUUAUAUUAGAAAAUUUAGUUUUAAAAGAAAAAAAUCAGAAAAAAAAAGGUGGAGCACAAAUAGAUCAAUAUAAUAAUACUAAAGAAAAAGGGGAAAGAAAAAGAAGAACUAGUAGAAAUAAUAUUAAUGUAGAUGAUGAAAAUUCAAAUAAAGCAGUAGAAGAAAAUAACAUAAUAUUUGAAAAUGAAAAGAAAGAAGAAAUUGAUAACUCAGACAAUUUUAAAAGUUUUGUUGAAAUAAAAGAAAAUACACAUUCAAAAAAAAAAAAAGAACCUCAUAAAAUAGAAUGCUUAAAUGUAAAUAAUAUAAAAAUAAGUGACUUUUUAUAUAAUAGUAUAUUAGUAAAUAAAAUAACAAAUGAUAAAAAUAUACAUUUAAAAGAAGAAAUUUUUAAAAAUGUAUAUUUUAUAAACAUUUUUUAUUUUUUAGAAUUAAAAAAAUUAAAUUGUUAUGAUAAUAAUUUUAUUUACUAUGUUUUAAAUUCAAUUUUUUGUUUUCUUAAUAUAUAUGUGAAUCGAUUUGCAUUUUGUCUUUAUUUCCUUAAUGACAUGAAUGAAUAUGUAAGUGAUGCUGAUAACUCAAUGGGCUCUUUUAUGGAAAAUACAAAAAUGAAUGAUAAAAAUAUAAGCCAAAAGAAAGAAUACAAAUUUUCUGAAGAAUUUCUUCUCGAAUUUUUAUCAUUACUAAAAAAUUCAUUAAUGGUUAUUUCACUAAUUGAAGAUAAUUUAAUUAAUAUAAAUAUUGAAACGAUAUUGAAAAAAAAAAUAAAAGGAAAAGAAUUGAUAAAUAUAAAAAAUUUUAAAAAACUUGUUAUUAUAGAAUUGCACAAAUUUUAUUUCGUUUUUAUAAAAAUAUUAAAAGUUGUACUUAUACUAAAUAAAAUAUAUGGAUAUUGUUUAACCCCAUUUGAAUAUUUUUUUUUUAAGCUAGUACAAUUUUUAGAUAAUGAGCUUAUUGAUAUGCAUACAAAAUGGCAGAUUUUAAAAUUAAUUAAAUUUUUUUCUUAUAAAAAAAAAUUCAACGACACAAUACAUAGUAGAAUUACUCACUUUUAUUCGAAAAUUAAAUAUAAAAAAAAAAAAAUAUUCGAGCACUUUUCAAAAAGAGACAUGGAAAAUCAAGAAUAUAUAGAAUAUCCCACAAAAAGACCAAAUGAGCAAAAUAGCCAAGACAAAAGUGAAGGAAAACAAAAUGAAGAAGAACAAAAUGAAGGGAAACAAAAUGAAGGAAAACAAAUUAUCAAUUGUGUGAAGGUAAGCAAAGAGGAUGGUAAUGAAGAAAUUGAAGCUGAAGAAAAUGAAAAAAAAAAAAGAAGGCGAAGUACAAAAUUAUCAAAUACAAACGUAGAGAAAAAAAUUGUUAAAGAUGAAAUUAAAAUAGAAAAUUUAAAGAAUGAUACUAAUGAUGCAACAAUAAAUAACAAUGACGAAACAAAUAAUAUUUGUGGUAAUAAUAUCAAUAAUGGAAAAGGAAAUCGAGAAGUUAAAAAAAAAAAAAAUAACACCAAAAAGGAGGAUGAUAAAGAUCAAGAACAGCAAAAUGAUACUACCCAAACUAACAAUAUAGAAAAUGUAGAAGGGAAUAAUAAUUGUAAAGACGAUAAUAUUAAUGCUAAUAUGCCAAAUGAAACUCAAGAUAUAAAAAUAACAUUAACAGAUAAUACAGAAGAAGAAGCAAGGCGAAGUAGAUAUGGAAGAAAAAGUGGCGUUAAUAAAAAAGAAAAAAAUUUUAGUAUCUUAAUAGAAGAAGAAAAUGAACGUAAAAAAAAUGCACGAAAAAUAAUUACAUCUAGAGGGGGUGCAAAAACAGGUGGUAGGAAAAGAAAUAGCAAUAAAAAAAUAAUCAUAGAAAAUAAUACUGAUAAUAAUGUAAAUAGUGAUAUAAAUAAUGGAAUUUCUAACGAACCCAAUGAUGAUGAUAAUAAUAAUAAUAAUAAUAAUAAUAAUAAUAAUAAUAAUAAUAAUAAUAAUAAUAAUAAUAAUAAUAAUAAGGAGAGCAUAGAAAAUGAUCAAAUUAAUAAUACAUGUGAAAAUUUUCAACAAGAAAAUAACAUUUCGACUUUAGUAAAAAAAACAGAUAUUGGAAAAAUCAAAGAGGAAGAUAAAUCAAGAGUUAGCACAAAUAACAAAAAUAAAAAUCCAAGUCCUUAUACUAUUGGAAACAAUGGAAAUGGCGAACCAGAAAAAUUAAUAAUAGAAAAACGAAACAACAGCACUACACACAUCACUACAAAUAUGAACUUUAAUCCUAAUUCUAAUAGUACUAAGGACUAUAAGUUGGAGAAUAGUUUUUAUGAAAGUAUCGAACUUUUUAUAUCCAGUAUUUUUAUUUUUGGAAAAGGUGAUAAAUUAAAAAAAACCGACAUUUUUAUUGAUAAUUUAAAAAAAAUGAAAGAAUUAAUUGAAUUUUGUAAAAUGUAUAAUAUUGAAAAAGGGAUAGAAAAAAUUCUAAAAUAUUUAUUCUAUUAUUUAAGUAAAAUAAAAAGUAAAAAAAUAUAUAUUUAUAGCAUGAUAAAAUUAAUUAUAAAUUCAUUAUUAUAUGUGCCAAUUUCGAAAAAUUCAGAUAUUCCAUUUUUUUUUAUAUCUUUUUGUUAUUUAUUUAAAAAAGCUUCUAAAAAAUAUUUUAAUCAAAUUAUUAUCCAAAAUUUUAUUAUCAUUUGUUCUGCUUAUGUUAAUAUAUUAAACAAAAUUUAUUCGAAUAACAAAAAGAUACAUAAUAAAUCCAGUGUGGCCAUAUAUAAUAUACAAAAACAAACGAAUCAAACUGAGUACAAACAAGCCAAGUAUAAUUUAAAUCAAACGUGUGAACAUGUUAUUCUUAAAAAAAAUAGUGAUAACAAUGAUAAUUAUAAUAAUAUAGAAAAGGGUAAUCCUUGUGAUGUUUCAAGAAAUAGUACAAUUUUAUCCAACGAAAUCGCAAAAGGUUGUGGCGGUGACAAUGAAAAUAAAAUAAUAAACAGAUUAAAUGGAAAUAAAGAUAGUAAAUCACUAAAAGUGGAGCAAUAUUUUUAUUUUCCAUCAAUAAAAAGUGAGAAAAAAAAAAUAUCCGAUGAAUUGCUAUUAAAUUUAAUAAAUUUAUAUAUAAAUUUUAUGUGCUCAUUUUAUUCUUAUUAUUUAACAUUAUAUGAAGAUAAUUAUAUUAUUAUGAAAAAUAUAUUAAUUAUAGGAAUUAAUAAAUUAUUAGAUAUAAAAAGAAGAGAAAAUAAAAAAUUAUCAUGCUAUAUUUUAUCAUUUAUUUAUAUUUUAAUUUGUCUUUUAUUAAAAGUAAAAAUAAAACAAGAAUUCAUAUUAACGUUAAGAAGCUGUAAAUUCAGUAAAGAAAAAAAGAAUGAAAAAAUUAAAGAAGUCAAAUCAAGACAAACAAACCGAGGUACAUAUAAUAAUAUUUCGAAAUUUGGAAUAAAGGGUGAAGAUAAUAAUAAGUAUACUGAUAACAAAAGUUUUGAAAACAAAUAUGGAAACAAUAAAAAUGAAUCAGAUGAAAUGAAAAAAAUUAUAAUAAAAUAUUUAAUCAAUAUAAUUGAUGAAGAUAAAUGUAAGAAUGUCAAUUUAAGUAACUCGAAUAAAUUAAGUCAAAACAUUAAAAACAUAUUAAAUAAAAAUAAAUUUGACGAUUUAGGGGGAUAUAAUUAUUUUCCAAGUCAAGUUUUUUAUAAAAAUAAAAUGGAUAAAAAUAUUGAAAAAAUAUUUCUUUCAAAAGAAAGGAAUAAAUUUGUUAUAACAUCAUCAUUAAAUAUCAAAAAAAAUCUUAAAAUAGUUAAUAAUAUAUGUGAUAAUUUUUCUUAUAAAUUUCUAUUUAUACUUUUGUCUGAGCCUAUAUUAUCUGAAACAAACAAUAAUACAAUGAUAAAUCGUGAUUUUAUAAAUGAUAUGGAAAAUGAUCAAAAUUAUAUAAAAUAUAAUUUAUUAGAUUAUAUUAUAUAUUCUUGUUUUUACAUUAUUUUUUCAAAAAUAAAAUUAGUGCGAAUUAAAAAAAUAAAUUAUAAUAUUGAUAGAAAUACGAAUAAGGAAAGAAAAAAUAUAAAAAAAACAAAAGACGAAAGCAAUAAUAAUACAAAACAAUUUAAAAUGAAUUCUUACAUUUAUAACACAAAGCAAUAUUCGAUUUUUCAAUUUUAUUUAUCGAUUGAAAUAUUAAAUUUAAUUUUUCUUAAUAUUAAAUAUCUUCCUUUUAAUUCAAUUAAAUUAAUUAUAGACAUAUUUAUAAACAGAGCAAUUUUAUCUUUAUGGAUAAAUGAUAAAACUAAUGAUAUUGUAGGAAACAAAUUUCAAAAUUUAUUUUAUAAUUUUUUUUGUGGAAUUUUUUAUUUGCAAUCACCAAAUACAUUUACAGAAUUACCCAAUUUACUUUAUCAAUACAAUAAAACUAUUCGCUUUUUACAACUUGUAUCUUAUUCUAAAAUUUUUAUCAAAAAACACAUUCCAAUAAAUUCCAUCAUUUUAGAUAUAAUUAAUUACUGUUUCCCUACAAUCAAUGAUGAUAGUGAUCAAAAUAAUUCCGGGAAAACAAGCGAUGAAAAAAAAAUAAUUGAAAUACCUCAACGAAUAUUGCGAAGCAAAAAGGAUAAACAAUUGUAG